AGGGCGGGGCCGCCGGCGGAGCGGAGGGGCCAUGGCCGUGGGCUGGAGGGAAGUGUUCAUAAGGAAUGUACUGAAACGUCUCUAUCCUGAAACUUCUUCAUCUCUUGUGCAUACUUCGAGUGGAGAAGAGGAGGUGGUUCUCAGAAAUCCGGGCUCAAAAUCCAGAGAGAAGGACUUGGAAAAUGUUCAGACUCUGUCAGCAGGUGCUAGUACAUCAAGUGAUGCACCCAGCAAAUCAUUUCAAGGUAGUGACAAUACAGUUCUGCCUCCAAGGAAAAUGUACACAGUGAAUCUUCCUCCUGAGGGUUAUGUUGCAGUUACUCAAGAUACUAAUAGUAUUUCAGCUUCUGAAAACUCGGAGGAUAGUGCUGACUCUGCAGAGGAGUAUCAAGGACAAACCAAAAGAAAACGCAUUCGAAGGAAGAAACAAAAGAGCAGUUUGCAAAACUCUGAAAGUCUACAUGGAGAACAAACAGAAUCCGGAAUGCAAGAGACUCUUGUUCAAGAUAAUUUACAGCUGCAGCAGAUAGACAGCCCCAAAAUAAGCAAAAACAAAAAGAGGAAAAUGAAAAAGAAGCGACAGAAAGAAAAAAUGAGAGCAGCUGGCUUGCUAACAAAAAAUACUGGUGUGGAUUUUACAUAUCAGCCUGACAAAAACAACAGAGAAGGAGCAGCAGGCUUAAAAGACAUAGAUGAAAAGGCAGAUAGCAUCCUGGAUUUCUUGCAGGCAACACAACAAAUUUAUUUUGCUGACAAUAAAUCAAAAUGCACGGAUUCUGCUGUAAAUUCAGCAACUACUCAAGAACUUUUACAACAUCUUGAAUCUCGCAACCUAUCUGCCUCAGAUGUGACCCAUCUACAUCAGCUGAAAUCCCUUGUAUUGCUACAGGAUAUUGACAGACUGAACGAUGCUUUGAAACAAUUCCAAGAACAUUCCAUGAUGCCUCCUGAUCAUACCAAGACAGUCAUUACUCUGUUUCACUACUGGAUUACAGAUAUCCUUCCUGUGAGGAACAGGAAAUAAAGCCUUGCCUGGGCCCAUAUGUGCAGGGUUAAAAUGUAAUAUACAAGCUCUUAACCAAGUAGCAAUUAUUCAGGAAGAACAGUGUCAAUAUACAUUCUACAUCUUCAGGUAAAUUAAGUAUUUUUUGUUGUUAAAAACUCCAGAAGACAAUAAACAGGGUACGACUACAUAUGAUUUUUGUUCUUGGUCAAGAAUUACACAUAUGCUGUAUGGCCUGAAUCUCCAGCUGGAUGAGUGUGUAUAUUUCACUUUGGGAUAUGGGCCUUAUCUGAAAUGAUUAAGUUUGUAACAAGUAUUUUGUUUAAGAGGUACAGUAAUUUUUUAUGUUUAUUAAUUGAUAGUUCCUUUCUGGAAGUUUUAUAUCUUGACUUUUCUUGUUUAUGUAAUAUAUAUCUGUCUACCUGAAACACAAAAAUAUUGUAUUUUUAUAUGUAUUUUUAUAUUUAUUAAAUUGAAGCAAAAAUGCAUCUGAGGACUGUAUUUUUGCUGAAUAAACUGAUGAAUUAUGGAA